AUGGUGCUGAACUGUACGGCUCAGACAUGGACGGUGACUGAAACAAGCAUUGAUGUGCAAGCAGCCGUCCCGAUUGAGAAAGUAACCUGCAUCCAAUCAGACAGCCAGGAGAGCCAGAGAGCUGCUACAGGGAAUCUGAGAGCCGGCUGUACAGGCUUGUCACCUGGAUGUUCAUACAAUGUAUCCAUUUGGGUUCAAGAUCAGAUUGUCUGCACAGAAGCACAGUCUAUCAAUGCUCCUCCAGUUACAAACCUUCAAGUCAGUCCAAAGAGCACCUCUGAGUUAGCAGUAAACUGGGCUGAUACUCCUGGCUGUGUGAAAGGAUACAGGGUGUCAGUCAAUGAUACACAUAUUGAAGAUAUUAAUGGAAGUGUUACCUCGACUGUCAUUGAGAAGCUUGACCCAGGCUGCCUCUACAUCAUCAAAGUCACAACCAUUGCCAAUGGGAACGACUCGACACCAGUAUAUAAAACUGGGACCACAAUUCCUUUGCCUGUAUCCGAUCUUACAGUCCUUCCCAAAAGCACCACAGAGUUACAUGUUAGUUGGAGCAUCCUUUCUGGCUGUAACACUGGAUUCAUCGUCUCAUACAACCAAACGAAUGCUGAAUCCAAGACAGUAAACCCAGACCAGGACUCUGUGACCCUUACUGAUCUCACUCCCAGGACUAUAUAUGAAGUGACAGUGAAGACAGAAAGCAAUGGAAAAGAGUCCAGCCCAGUGUCUUCAACUGGGAUAACAUUUCCUGCUCAGGUGAGCUCUCUCCAGUGCUCUGCAGUGUCUGGGGGUUACAGUCUGUCCCUGGCCUGGGGUAACCCUGCUGGACGCUGGACGGUGAUAGAAGUGGAGGUGUCCAACGGAGACAUAAAGAAGGUAGAGGAGUGCGGGCCGGUCCAGUGUGAGACGAGAAUCGACGGGCUGAGCCCGGCUCGGUAUUACACCCUCGCGGUGACGACCGUGUCUGGAGAGAAGAGGAGCUUCAAAGCCACUUCCAUUCAGUGCCAAACUGACACGACGGGUGUCAUCGUCGGCUCUCUGUUUGGGAUUCUAAUACUCAUCUGCUUGGUGGUCUUUCUCGUUCUGUUCAUCCUGAGACGAUACCCUGACCUCCGGAGUUCUAGUUCCAAAGAUGACAACGCUCUGGAAUUGACAUGUAAGAAGAUUAAACCAAUCGAAGUCAGUAAGUUUGCAGACUAUUUCCACAGACAGCAGGUGGACUCUGAUAUUGGAUUUGCAGAUGAAUAUCAGAGUUUGGGCGCGGUUGGCACUGAGCAGACAACCAAAGCUGCCCUCAUACCGGAGAAUCGAGGGAAGAACAGAUUCAUCAACGUCCUGCCAUAUGACUGGUGUCGUGUUAAAUUGAGUGCUAUUGAUGGAGAUCCAUUCUCAGACUAUAUCAAUGCGAACUUCAUGCCGGGCUAUCACACUGCGAAGGAGUUCAUCGCCACUCAGGGUCCCUUGCCCAGCACUGUGGAAGACUUCUGGCGAAUGGCGUGGGAGAACCAGGUGGAGGCGAUCGUCAUGCUGACCAAUUGCAUCGAGAAUUCACGAGUGAAGUGUGAGCAGUACUGGCCUCUGGACUACACUCCCUGCACCUACGGAGAUAUUUCAGUCACCAUGUUUUCUGAACAGGAGCAGCCUGACUGGACUCUCCGGGAUUUUACUCUUAAACACAUAAAAUCCCUGGAACGCCAUUCACUCAGGCAGUUCCACUUCACCGCCUGGCCGGAUCACAAUGUUCCGGAUAACACAGCCACCUUCAUCCAGUUCCGGACGGUGGUCAGAAAAUUCCUGGACAAUCGGGAGAGGAGCGGACCGGCCAUCGUACACUGCAGUGCUGGAGUCGAUCGCACAGGAACCCUGAUUGCUCUCGACUCCCUCCUGCUGCAGAUAGAGAGGGAGAAGGCUGUGGGGAUCCAGAGCUUUGUGAAGAAGAUGAGGCUCCACCGGCCUCUCAUGGUCCAAACAGAGUCCCAGUACAUCUUCCUGAACCAGUGCAUCCUCGACACCAUCCAGGGAAAGAACAAUUCUGAUCCCGAUGAAAAUAUCUACGAGAACAUGAUCUAGGCCAACGUUGCAGCCCUCAGGGAAUUCCACGCAACCAAUGGGAACGCUGCUUAACUUCUCCCCGCCUCCUCCUGCUCUCAGACAUCCAAUCACAGCACAGACUCCCAUUUUCUAGAGAUAUUACCGGACUGCCAUUGCUUGCUGCAAUUGAUGUGAUGAUUUAUGCUAUUUUGAUAUUGGCUGCCUUUUCUACUUGAGUACUGUAGGAACAAUUCAAUAAUUGAUCAUUUGCACAAACACAAUUCAAAAAGCUCUCACUGCACUCAUGCUGGCUAGCAGGCAAUUGAAAUAUGACACAGCCUGUCUCCUCACACACAAACAGCAGCUUCAACAGCAAGCUGUGACGUAGGUAGUAGCUUGCUCACACACACAUGCGCCCACAUACGAACACAGCCUCAACUGAGAUGAUGCAGGCAGUCUUAGAAUAUAU